AUGCUGCGCGUCACUCCAAUGCUCUUCCUGACACAUCUUUCAUUCUUGCGGCGGAUCGGCUUCUCCCCUUGCCGCGGCGGCGACAACGAGGGCAGGGAUUCCGGCGAUCGAGCGAGAUCAUCCAGGAAAUCGAGGAACGGUAUGGACAAUCAUAACAAGGCUGAUGGAGAUGGGGCUGGAUCGAAAGAGGAGCAGCCGCCGGCCAAGAAAGAGGAGGAGGAGGAGGAGGAGGAUCUUGGGCCGCCUCCAGAGAAGCCGCUUCCAGGCGAUUGCUGCGGGAGUGGCUGCGAGAGGUGCGUAUGGGACAUUUACUUCGACGAGCUCGAGGACUACAAGCUGCGCAAGGCAGUGAAGAGCAAAGACUGA